AAAGUAGUAAAGAAACAGCAGAUGAAGAUAUAGAAUUAUCUUUCAUUGAAACCAUUAGAAGAAUAGGUGAUAGAAUCAUUGAAGGAAUAAAUAACAGAACUGUUAAAGAAAUAAGUGAUAGAACUAUUAGAGAAAUAAGUGACAGAACUGUUAAAGGAAUAAGUAGUAGAACUAUUAGAGGAAUAAGUGGCAAACUGUUAAAAAAAUUUGCAUUGAAAUUGAAGUUAUUAAAAGAGACAUUAUAG